CGCGCGCUAACCGCGGUCAUCAUCCGCUCCGAAGCCACCGGAGGGAUAAACCCAAUCCUAGCUAAUCCAACCGCGGUUAGCAGCAUCCUUGUUAACCCUCCUGGGGCUAUAAAUAGGCACCCGAUCGAUCCCAGAUCGCCUCAUCACAAGUUCUUCUCACACAUCCUGCUCUGCUCUCUCUCCCCUCAGCCAGCGAAUUCCCUUUUUGUUCCCUUCGGGUUCUAGAACCUUCCUCUCGCGGCGAUGGCGGUGGAUCUGACCCCGAGGCAGCCGACCAAGGCCUACGGCGGCGAGGGCGGCGCCUACUACGAGUGGAGCCCCGCGGAGCUGCCCAUGCUAGGCGUCGCCUCCAUCGGCGCCGCCAAGCUCUCUCUCGCCGCCGGCGGCAUGUCCCUCCCCAGCUACUCUGACUCCGCCAAGGUCGCCUACGUCCUCCAGGGCAAGGGCACCUGUGGCAUCGUGCUGCCGGAGGCGACCAAGGAGAAGGUGGUCGGCAUCAAGGAGGGCGACGCCCUGGCCCUCCCCUUCGGCGUGGUCACCUGGUGGCACAACACCCCUGACUCGGCCACCGACCUCGUCGUCCUCUUCCUCGGCGACACCUCCAAGGGCCACAAGCCAGGCCAGUUCACCAACUUCCAGCUCACCGGCUCCACGGGCAUCUUCACGGGCUUCUCCACCGAGUUCGUCGGCCGCGCCUGGGACCUCAAGGAGCCCGACGCCGCCAAGCUCGUCUCCAGCCAGCCCGCCUCGGGCAUCGUCAAGCUCGCCGCCGGCCAGAAGCUCCCGGAGCCGGUCGCCGCGGACCGCAAGGACAUGGCGCUCAACUGCCUCGAGGCCAAGCUUGACGUGGACAUCCCCAACGGCGGCCGCGUGGUGGUGCUCAACACCGUCAACCUGCCGCUGGUGAAGGAGGUCGGGCUCGGCGCCGACCUCGUCAGGAUUGACGCCCACUCCAUGUGCUCCCCGGGCUUCUCCUGCGACUCGGCGUACCAGGUCACCUACAUUGUCCGCGGCAGUGGCCGCGUACAGGUCGUCGGCCCCGACGGCAAGCGCGUGCUGGAGACUCGCAUCGAGGGCGGCUCGCUCUUCAUCGUGCCCCGCUUCCACGUCGUGUCCAAGAUCGCCGACGCUUCCGGCAUGGAGUGGUUCUCCAUCAUCACCACCCCCAACCCGAUCUUCAGCCACCUGGCGGGGAAGACGUCUGUGUGGAAGGCUAUCUCGUCGGAGUUGCUGGAGGCGGCGUUCAACACGACGCCGGAGAUGGAGAAGCUCUUCAGGUCCAAGAGGACCGACUCGGAGAUCUUCUUCGCCCCCAACUAGGAAGCCAAGCCAGCGCUGCGUCGGCCGGUCGAUCGAUCGUUGUUAGGAGAGGAACAAAUAAGUUUAGCGUUACCUCACCUUAACGAGUGAGUGAGUCCUAGUUUCGAGGUGUUAAGCGUCUGGAUCGUGUGUGGGUUUGGAACUGAAUCGUGUGUGCUGCUGGUGACCGUCCGAGCUGGUUAUAAAUUCUUAAUGUUCGUCUCAUAUGUUCUGGUGUUGUGAUGUGCUAUGCUCUGCUUGAUUAAUUACUUUCCCGUCGUC